AUGGCCAAAGACAAGCGCUCCAAAGGUGCACAUGGAUCUUCUGGAUCAAGCACAACAACUAGUUCCAAUAAGGGUAACAACACCAACAACCAGCCCCCAAUCUCAACCCCUCCUGCCUGGCCUGUGUUCAAGCCGAAGCUGCCCGUCGUCGACCUCCAGCUGGAGCCGUAUCCGGGUGUUGAAGACAAAGUCGUCGUGUUCCGGUCGUUCUGGCCGCGCUCCCUCUGCAAGGACUACGUGGCAUUCCUGCGCGAGCUUCCCCUGGUCACGACGCCGGGCAAGCCCAAGCGCGGUGAGGCCGUGCGUGUCAACGACCGCUUCCAGAUUGACGAUCCUAAGUUCGCGCACCGGUUGUGGACAGAGACGGGGCUGAAAGAGGCGCUACUGAAGGAGGAGUAUUUACAUAUGUGGGGCGGCCAGGUUGUCGGCCUCAAUCCCAACAUCAGAAUAUACCGCUAUCGUCCUGGUCAAUUCUUCGAUGCCCAUUACGACGACUACAACUACGUAACUGUCGCUCCUGAGCCCGGCGCCCCGCCGAUCUCAGCAAAAACCACCUGGACAUUACUCUUGUACCUCACCUCACAAGCAGACGGCUGCAUCGGCGGCGAAACCGUCUUCUUCCCCCGCGACCGACGCAAUCCCAAGGAGGAAAUUGCCGUCAGCCUCGAGACCGGCAUGUUGCUUCUGCACAAACAUGGUAAUGACUGCAUGUUGCACGAAGCAAGAGAGGUCACUGCCGGCGAAAAAUGGGUAAUCAGGACGGAUUUGUGCAUUAAGAGGUGA